UCAUUUCUCGUCAUCCUUCACUGCCCCCAGCCAUGCUCACCUGAGUCGCAAAGGGAGGAAAGCACUUCGUCUCCCUCCAUCCCCCCGGAAAUCUACAACAACCUCACCGGCAGCAACGGGGGGUCGAUAAAAAAGUGCUCUGGACAGGUGCAGUGCCAGCCGGGCAUUAUCCUGCCCGUAUGGAAACCCACCAACCCCGGUCUGGGCGACCAGGUUGCCCGUGCGGUCGUCUACUUUGUGUCUCUCAUGUACAUGUUCCUGGGCGUGUCCAUCAUCGCUGACCGCUUCAUGGCGUCCAUUGAGGUGAUCACAUCGCAGGAGAAGGAAGUGACCAUCACCCUGCCGAAUGGAGAGACGUCAGUGGCCACGGUCCGGAUCUGGAAUGAAACCGUGUCUAAUCUGACGCUGAUGGCUUUGGGUUCCUCCGCCCCUGAGAUCCUGUUGUCCCUCAUAGAGGUGUGCGGGCACGAGUUUAAGGCUGGCGAGUUGGGACCAGGAACAAUCGUCGGCAGCGCCGCCUUCAACAUGUUUGUGAUCAUCGGACUCUGCGUGUGGGUCAUUCCCGACGGAGAAACGCGGAAGAUCAAACACCUGAGAGUCUUUUUCGUCACGGCUUUUUGGAGCAUCUUCGCCUACAUAUGGCUGUACAUAAUCCUCUCCGUCAUCUCACCAGGAGUCGUAGAGGUAUGGGAAGCCCUGGUCACACUGCUGUAUUUCCCUGUGUGUGUGAUCCUGGCUUGGAUCGCUGACCGCCGCCUCCUUUUCUACAAGUACAUGGGGAAGCGUUACCGUGCCGACAAGAGGCGCGGGAUUGUCGUGGAGACUGAGGGAGAGAUGACUCCUAAGGGACUGGAAAUGGAUGGGAAGUUCCCUCCCCGCGGGGGCACUGUAGGAGUAAUGCCACAGGAGAACUGUCAGGAUGGUGCCAACAACACUGCGGGUGUCAUUGCAACCCUGCCCAACUCCAACAGCACCACUGUUACCAUGGAGAACACGAAGGAGCUGGACGAGAGUCGGAAAGAGGUGAUCCGCAUCUUGAAAGACCUGAAGCAGAAGUACCCCGACAAAGAACUGGACCAGCUGGUGGAGCUGGCCAAUUACUACGCCCUCCUGCACCAGCAGAAAAGCAGAGCCUUCUACCGCGUCCAGGCCACCCGCAUGAUGAUCGGGGCGGGAAACGUGCUGAAGAAGCACGCGGCCGACCACGCCCGCAAGGCGGCGGCGUCCGGGGAGGAGGACGGGGGCGAGGCGGACGACCUGGCCGUGUGUAGUCACAUUUCUUUUGAAAGCGCCCACGGCCAGUGCAUGGAGAACUGCGGGACCCUGACGCUAGCGGUGAUCUGUCAGGGCGGCCUAGGGGAGAGCACCUUCUACGUGGACUACCGCACCGAGGACGGGUCCGCCAACGCCGGAUCCGAUUACGAGUACUGCGAAGGCACGCUGGUGUUUAAACCUGGAGAGACCAGGAAGGAGAUUAAGGUGGGAAUUAUCGACGAUGACAUCUUCGAGGAAGACGAACAUUUCUUCGUUCGUCUGUCGAACCUUCGCGUGGGCGACGCCGAGGGGAUGUUCGAGAGCGACGAGGCCGGGGCGGGACCCAAGGGUCGUCUGGUGGAGCCCCUGGUUUGCACGAUCACCAUCCUGGACGACGACCACGCCGGCAUCUUCACCUUCAGCGAGCGGAUGGUGCGCACGAGCGAGAGCGUGGGGACCAUGGAGGUGACGGUGGUCCGGAACUCGGGCGCCCGCGGCACCGUCAUCCUGCCCUACCACACCGAGCCGGGCACGGCGAAGGGAGGGGGUGACGACUACGAAGACGUGUGCGGAGAGCUGGAGUUCACCAACGACCAGACCACUCAAACUAUCCAGGUGCGGAUCAUUGAUGAUGAAGAGUAUGAAAAACAUGAGAGCUUCUUCAUUGUGCUUGAGGAACCGCGCUGGCUGAAGAGAGGGAUCUCAGCACUUCUGCUCAAUCAAGAGGUAUCAGAGGGACAGAUGAGUGCUGAGGAGGAGGAGGCCAGGCGGAUUGCGGAGAUGGGGAAACCCAUACUGGGAGAACACAGUCGUCUGGAGGUGGUCAUUGAGGAGUCCUAUGAAUUUAAGAGUACAGUGGACAAGCUCAUUAAGAAGACCAAUCUAGCCCUGGUGAUUGGCACCCACUCCUGGAGAGAACAGUUUGUAGAAGCUGUGACAGUCAGCGCAGGCAACGGAGACGAAGAGGAGGAAGAGGGAAGGGAGGAGCGACUGCCCUCAUGCUACGACUACGUCAUGCAUUUCCUCACCGUGUUCUGGAAGGUUCUGUUUGCCUUUGUUCCACCCACUGAGUACUGGAACGGCUGGGCCUGCUUUUUCGUGUCCAUCUCCGUGAUCGGGAUCCUGACCGCUCUCAUCGGGGACCUGGCGUCGCACUUCGGUUGCACCGUGGGGCUUAGGGAUACGGUCACAGCGGUCGUGUUUGUGGCCCUGGGAACGUCUAUCCCUGACACAUUUGCCAGUAAAGUCGCGGCGACUCAGGACCAGUACGCCGACGCCUCAGUGGGGAACGUGACCGGUAGCAACGCCGUGAAUGUGUUUCUGGGCAUCGGGGUGGCCUGGUCGGUGGCGGCCGUAUACUGGAAGCUGAAAGGCAAGGUGUUUUACGUGAACCCCGGCACCCUGGCCUUCUCCGUCACCCUCUUCACCAUCUUCGCCUUCAUCAGCAUGGGCGUGCUCCUCUUCCGACGCAGGCCGUCCAUCGGGGGAGAGCUGGGGGGUCCUCGCGUCCCUCGUCUGCUCACGUCUCUUCUCUUCCUGGGGCUCUGGCUGCUUUAUAUCCUGUUCUCCAGCCUGGAGGCCUACUGUCACAUCGAAGGCUUCUGA